UCUUUCCUCCCUCCUCUCGUCUCUCCUCAGACUCUCAGUUUCUCUCGCUCACAAACAUCAGCAGCGGCCAUCCAGAGCGAGCUGGGCUGAGGAUGUUUACUUCAUGCUUUUAUCAUACGGCUUAAUGACACUUAAUUGCUUCAUUUGCUUAACGAGCUCGGGGACCAGGGCGACUCGAUGUGGAGUGGAGCAAAGAGACAGAUCAGAGGAUGGUAGAGACGGGAUCGGUCGUGGCGAGUCUUUUCGAUACAAAGAGGAGUAGGUGAACAUCGAAAAGUCAGGUUGCAUUGGUCUGUUCGGCAACUUUUUCAAAGAAGACAGAGCAGAUUGCAGCAUUAGAGACUUCAAAGGAAGGUGUUAAUUUGUGGGUUUGAAAAGGCGCAGAUGUAGGAGAGCAAAGCAGGUUUUAAGGUUAAAGGUUAAAAAAGUAGGACAAAAGUAAAGGAAAGAUAUGGCAAACGAAGACGGCUGAAGGUCCAAGAGGUGUAAUGAUGUACAGAAGAUUGCAGCAGGUUUCAUGAGAGGACUUUUGGAAGUACCCUUAUACACAGGAGAGCAUGUAAGGACACAGCUGAGUAGAGUUGAAACCAGAAAGUAGGUUUUCUUGGAGCUUUCUAGAAGGACGCAACAAACAAACAGCCCAUAGCGAAGGGUGUGGACAUGGGACUUUCUGAGACUUUCUAAGAGAAGAAGAAGAAGAAGCAGUCAGAGUGAGAGUGCAGCUGAGGAGAAAGCAGUUCAGUAGAAUCGAGAAUAAAGUGGACUUUGAGUCGAGGUGAUGGAGCUGCUGGAGGCGUUUUACCGCCGCAAGCUGCGGAAGAAGCAGAAGAAAUCAGAGCUGGGACGGUCGGACGGGGCGCUGUGUCGAGCGCCGUCAGAGGCCAGCGUCAACGGCCUGGCGACCGGCCUCAUCAACAAAGUCCUCAGGUUCACCUCCAGACGCAGUGAGCCGGCGUCCCGUCCUCACUCGUGGCAUUCGUCGAAGCUCGGUGAAGGUCAGCAGCCGUCGAAUCAGGGAGGGAUGGACACGAUGAGCAGCGCCUGGCACCACAGCUACCACGCCAGUGCCUCAACCACCGACCUGUCAGGUGGGUUUGACUCUGGCGGCAGCUACCUGAGGAAGAGUCCGGACCAGUACAGCUCCAGGGGCAGCAUGGAGAGCCUUGACCCUCCGCAGUCCUCCCAGCUUCACUCUGGAGCUCAGCACCACCACCCACUGGGCCACCACACCCACAGCGGACCCCAUCCUGCCUACUCCUCCUGCCACCAGCUGUCCUCUGCCAGGUCCUCCAACAGCAUCGACCACCUCCACAGCAAACGAGACUCCGCCUACUCCUCCUUCUCCACCAGCUCCAGUAUCCCAGAGUACCUUGCCUCCACGCCUUCCUUCAGCCCAGAGCGCUCCUAUUCGCUGGAAACCGUCCCUCAGAGAGAAGGAGGAAGUGUCGAUAUGCAGCAGGCUGACAUGUGUUACGUCCAGACGGUUUAUGACGCCCAGCAGGGCCUAUCGCAAGAGCAUGAGCUGAGCUCCACCUCUGCCGCGAUGCUUCGCAACAGCGAUUCCAGAGGCGGGGGAGGGAUGAGGCCGGGGCAAAGCAGAGAUAUGCAAGGUUCAGUGGGAGGGGUCUGUUACCGUGGCAGCAGCAGUGGCAGCAGCAGCAGUAGCGGCAGCAGCAGCGGUGGUGUACCAGCAUCAAACAGACACAGUGUAGGUCCAAUAUGGGGCCCGGCGGCCAGCCGCAGCUCCUACGAGAGCCUAAAGGGGGCGCCGGCCCCGCCGAGGCGCAGCGACAGCUACGCAGCCAUCAGGAACCACGAGAGACCGAACUCCUGGUCCAGUCUGGAGCACGCCCGGUCACUACGGUCUCUGCAGAAAGGUUCCUGGCAUCACUCCAGUGGCUCUGUGGCUUCAGGUGCAGCUAAGGGCUCGUACAGCGCCGAAGGUCAGCUCCACACAGUGAUAGAGAAGAGUCCAGAGAGCAGCCCCACCACAAAGCCCCGGCAGGGUGGAGGCUUCCCCCAGCCCCCUUCUCCUACCGGGCACUCUUCCGGACCUGCAGGCCCCGUCCCACAGUCUGGCCGGCUCAUUCUACCCACGGGCACAUACCCUGUCCCACAGCUUGAGCCCCACUACGCACAGAUUCCCAGUGCCGGCCCCGGUCCAGCCUCCUCUGGAGUGUACCCCGCCCUGGCUAAGGAGAGCGGCCGACAGCAGCAGCAGGGCGUCGGAGGGAGAGAGGAAGGAGCAACGGAGAGGCGGAGGGAUGGAAGGAUGUCAGCGACAGAAAACGGAUACCAAAACAACACUUCUUCACUAUACCCCUAUUCUUCUUCGUCAUCGUCUGCCUCCACACAGCUCAGGACUCAAGCAUACGAGGCUGACAGGCCUCAACAGGAAGAGUCUAACUAUGAACUCUACAGACCCAACAUGAAAACUGCCAGAGAGGGAUCAGAGGACCACACAGGGGCUCAAAGGCCCCCAAACCACCAGGGACCUCAUGGUCAGAGCUUCCAAGGGCCCCAUAUUCAUGCAAGCCAGAGAGCCCACAGCCAGUCCCAGGAGCACAACCAGGAUUUCCACAGGGCCUCAUCUUCACAAGAUUGGAGGGACCCCUACAUGCCUGUCCAACCCAGGGGAGAAAGGAGGAGAUCAAUGGACCAGACCAGCAUUCAUUCAGAGCCAGUGACAUCCUCCAGGAUCCCCCAAGGACAAGUGCCUCCUUCCCACUUACCUGCUCAGCCUCAGGCUCCACCCGCCUCCGCCUCGCAGAAUUCACCCCGUCACUUCAGUGACUCAGCAGCUCUGCAGUACCAGCACUGGGACCACAGAGAGCAUGACAAAGACCGAGAACAUCCACUGACCCGUCUGGAGAUCGCCCUUGCCGAGGUCCAACGAUGCGCCAGCCCUAACAGUGUUGCCUCCGCCAGUAGCCAUGGUAAUGGUAGCCAAGGUGAUGGCAGCCAGGGACCUAACCGCAGCCUGUCUGUCCUGGAGAAGGUCAGCCGCUUCGAGCGUCGCACCGCGAAGCAACGCAGUCACAGCACCACCAACGCACAGGACAAAGCCACCCAUCUGAGGAUGACAGAGAAAGGCCGCAGCUCCCCCUGUGGAGCAGAUGACCUCAGAAACAUGCUGGAGAGAAGCACCGGUGGGACCAAAGCCCACAGAACUAUGAGCUACAGAGGAGGCAGCACUGAGCACAAGAAAUACAGGACCCCAGCAGAUCCAAGUUCAGCCCUCCAGAGAAGCCGCAGCAGCUUCCAGCUGGAAGAAACCAGGGAGGGCGACAGCAGCAAAGACUUCCCCCAGACACAGGACAUCCAGGAGAUAAUGGGCACCAUGCAGGACACGUCCUUCAACAGAUCUUACAGGGACACUUUGAAAGACGCCCAAUCCAAGGUCCUACGGUCCACCUCCUUCAGACGGAAAGACCUCAGCUCCUCAAUCAGUCCUCCGCCUCCUGCAGCUCCUCCUCCCGUUUCCUCCUCCAGCGGCCAUCAACCUCCACCUGUCCCUGCAAAGCACCACUCCCUGGAGAAAAAAGGCCCCAAAACCAUGCCCAAACCACAGGGCAUCAUCAUCACACCACAGUCGGCAGCACCGGUCACUUCCCUGCACACCCCGAAGGAGCGGCAUGUGGUCAGCCCAGAGACACGAGGCCCAAGCCCCCCAGCUCUUCCCAGUGUCCCACCCGUUGGACAUCCUGGUCUGUUACGGAUCUGCGGCCGCAAGCGCCUGACAGCAGACCAGAAGAAGCGAUCAUACUCAGAACCAGAGAACUUGAACGAGUGCGGGGUUUCGGAUGCAGAGACUGUUGCCCUCUUCAGGCGUGGAGGAGAGACCAGCGUGGCAGACCGGCGGAAGAUGUUCGAGCUUGUGGCAAGUCGAGUUGGGGGCGGGGCUAUGCAGAAUGCCACAUCAAGGCCUGAAUUGCGGCAGCUUCAGCAUGACGCUCUUGCAGAAUACGUGGAGAGGAAGAGAGGCGUGCAAAGAGACAAGGGAGGACAGAGGAGUGGAUUAAGGCCCCAUAGUGCCUAUCUACAGCCUGACAACAGCAACUAUAUAGGUGGGUGGAGGAACGGAGACACCCUCAGCCUCUCCUCCACCUCCAGCAUGCUCUCCCUGCAGGACUCUGCUGCAGAUCGAAGCUUCUCCUCUGGAGAGAGGCGUCCCUGCCCCACUCUCCCUCCUGGAGCUGACCUGUGGAGCCACCAGUCCAACCUCUUCUACCCGGGCAGGGUGACCACUCCAAGGGCUCCGGUGCACCCAUCCAUUAGUGCUCCUUCUGGCUCCCUUCCUGAGCCCCAGGCACAGAUCCCCCAGGACGUGCCCCAUGAAACAGGGCUCAGCAGACAGAGUCAGUCCUCCAGCAGAGACCGCGGCCUUGACCUCCAGCAACUGGCCGUAGAGCCUCAGCUCAAGCUGGGACUGUCCCAGCAGCUCAACGGGGCUCUGCAGAGGGCCGGGUCAGCUCGGGGCUCCGGAAAGUCAGCCUCUGCCGAGGAUCUCCUGGAGAGAUCCGAAGAGAUUCCAAUGACUCCUCAACACUACCGCUCCCGCUCCUCCCCCACAGUGGAGAGGCUGAACCAGGACUUCCCUUCAGGCAACGUCAGCAUGUUUGACGUCUUCAUCUCUGAACCUGGACGCCGCUCUCUGGCCGAGGACAGACCUGCAGAAGUCCAGCUACCAGGCGGCCUCAUCUCACCUCAACACUCCCGAAACAGUCUUAACACCGUCCAGCCUGCAGGACCUUGGCAAGACCAAGGCUCCUCCCACACUCCAGUCACUCGUAGGGAGCAAAAGAGGAACAGCGAGCGGCAGCGAGCCUACAGCACCUCCACCUUGGCAGCCUCCGUUGGCCUGCCCUGCCCCCUUUCCCCCCCUGGGACUCAGGGUGCUAGCAACGCUGAGUGGCAGGCAAGCGAGAGGCUGAGCAAGGCCAACCUGGAUGCCAUCACCUUCCCAGGCAUCCCACAACCACCCACAAAUGAUAGUAAUGGCAGUAACACUGCUGACAACAAUGAAACCCUGGUGAUGGAAAGACAGACAAGACACAGUGUGAGUGAUGCCAGUAUACUAGAAGACACCGCAAAGGACACGUAUAGAGAGAGAGCCUUCAGUUUAGAGAUGAGAAGAGGGUAUUCUGCAGAAGUCGCCAAACGAGUUUCACCAGUGAUGCAAACACCCUUGCCCCAUUUCCAGCUUGCAUCCCCACCAGACAGGAAGGACAGCAGGAGCAUGGCAUCAUCUCCUUCGCCUUCCUCCCAUCCGUCCAGUCCCCAGCCCCUGUCCUCAUUGCGAAUAUCUGAGUCCAGCUUCUUCAGCUUCACUGACCACCAGCAACCACUAGAAUCCUCCACAGGCCUAUCGCAGGACGACUUUGACGAGGUCUUCCUCCAAAAUCCUGCCCCUCCGUCACCUCCUCCGCCAAUCAAAGAGACAAGCAUCUUGGAGGACUUCCCUCCUCCACCUCCUCCCCAUGAGUUGCAGCAGGAAGCUGGACACCAGAAUGUGGGAAGUAUGGAGUUCUUAAACAACUCCAUCAUUCCAACCAGGAAGUUAUCCCUCCAGUCCCCUCCAAAGUCCCCUACCUCCUCCGUCGUUCCUUCGUCUGUGCCCAUCCCAACUCCUUCCCUAAAGCCACAGCCCUCCACCAUCACCUCUAUUACCACAUCCACCACAGCCGAGGACAGCCUAGGUCUUGAGUACCAGCCAAUACCGAAGAGGGAAAAGACAUCAGAGGAGCUGCGAGUGGAGGUGCUGGCCCGGCAGCUGAUGUCACAGGACAGCUCUCUGGCACCUCUCCUGGACACGUGGGGGGGUAAAUCCACUGUGGACCUAAUGGAGGAGAUAUUUCCAAACAGCAAAUUGGUUGAUAAAUCACCAUGGCAGCGCAGGGGCAGCAGCAGAUUGGAUGACAGGAUCCAAGAUGGCGUUUGUGAUCCUGCUCAGAGCACGACAACAGAUCAGCAGAAGGAGACCGAUCUGGAUGAGGAAGAGAAAGACCUCAACACCAGGAAGGUGGAGCUGUGUGAGGCUCUGAGGCGCAGCGUGGCGGCCCUGCGGCAGGAGAAGGAGGCGCUGUGUGAGGAGCAGAAAUGUCACCAGGUGCUCGGGGCGAGCAUCGAAACACUGGUGCAGGAACGCCUCAAAACCAACGAGAGGGACAAGUACAGCAUGUUCAUCGGAGAUCUGGAGAAGAUCGUGAACCUGCUGCUGUCUCUGUGCAGCCGGCUGGCGAGGAUCGACAGGUCGCUGCUCGCUCUGGAGAGAGAGGACAUGACGCAGGAGGACAGAGCGGACGAGAGGGACUGCCUCCAUCACAAGCGCUCUCUGCUCCUCGGUCAAACCGAAGACGCCCGGGAGCUGAAGGAGAACCUGGACCGGCGGCAGCGCGUGGUCCACGGCAUCCUGUCCGGCUACCUCACCGAACCACAGCUCCAGGACUACCGCCACUUCGUCAGCACCAAACCCUCCCUUCUGAUUCGCCAGCGGCACCUCGACGACCUCAUACGGCAGGAGGAGGAGCAGCUGACGCGACUGGUCGAGAGCCUGCCGCAGGAGCUGGCGGAGGCUCACGGUUGGUCGAGAGGGAGUCUGUUCCCAUCGCCGAGCCCCGCCCACUGCUCCUCCCCUUUCCCACCGCUGCUGCCACCCUCUGUGAUCCCAGGCCCCGGCCACGUAGUCCGCUCCACCACUGUGACGUCACUGUGAUGUCACGGACAGGCCGCUGUUCUGAGCGGCAGUGAAGGAUAGAAAAUGAAGAAGAGACAGCUGGCUCCCUAAAAACUUGCUCUGAGCUCUGAACUGAAGGAGCUGUACAUGAAGGAAGCGUCGGCCUGAAACAGGCUCCGUUCACACUGAAACUAUGCAGACUUCACACAUGAAGAAGAGAAACCUUUAACGUGCCUCAUUCUGUUCACACGUGACUGUGCGUUACACUUCUGUUCACCUCGACAUCAGCGACCAGCGCUGUGUGGAAUAAAGCUACUGCUGCCAACAUUUCUAAUGACCCUCUGGGAGGUUCGCCGUCAGAUGCUCCAAAGGACAAUUCCAGUGUUGUGGGUAACUUCCUGAGGUUUUCUAACCCUCAUCGUGUUCGACAUAUGUUUCUAAAUAUUCCUCUCAGUCCAGAUGAGCGCAGAGCUUUAAGGCUGUAAACGUUAAAAUCAGCUUUUUAUGUUUCAUUUCCAGAUAGAUGAGAUUACAGGGGACCUUAAAGGGAUAGUUCAGAUUUUUUAAGCGAGGGGUGUAUGAGGUAUUUAUCCAUACUCAGUGUAUUACCUGCAGUAGAUGGCGGUUUGCUUGCGCCCAGUUUGGAGAUGCAGACAGAAAUACCGCCAUGGAAGCUAAGCAAUGCACUGCUGUGGACGGGGCAGCAACACAAUGUAUUUCAGCCACCUAAAAAAAUUGAUAUCAGUUUAAGUGUGCGAUAUAUUUAGAGUAUUUUCAUGGCUUUACUUUGCUGUCAGACAGUGCUUUCUGACAGGAAAGUGCAGCCAUCGUAUCGCUCUCUUCAAGGCCACCAGACUCCACUGAGAAAAACUGUGAUUUAACAUUGCUAAACACAGGAGCUGCUGGUCUACCACUGCCUUGAUAAGUGAGUUUCAGUGGUGUAAAUUUGGAUAGUGAAGGCAGUGUGGUUGCACUGGGGCCCAAGUGCCACCUGGAAAUUCGCCCAUGUUCAAAGACGAACUAAUUGAAAACAGUGUGAUUUAUAUAUAUACCUUCAAAAAGGCAAACCGAUCUUCGUCAUGGUUUUCUUUGUGGUGAGAUAUUCAGUAUCAAUCUGUAAGAAAAUUAUAUAUUAUAUGUAUUUAUUCUACCUUGUGCCAUUUUUAUUUCCACGGAUAUUCAGUGUCAGCAACUAUACGCAACCAAAGUGUCUCGGCUGAAAGAAACGCAUCUCCAAAGUGCUCUCGCACUCCCAGCUUGGUGAAGACGAGGCUUUAAAUAUGUUUUGCAGCGGCCCCCAUCCACAGCAGUACAUUGCUUUAGUUCCAUGUCGGUACUCCUGCCUGCUUCUCUAACUGGGGGCGUGCCGACUGACAUCUACUGUAGGAAAUUCACUGACUAUGGAUAAGUACCUCAUACAAACCCACUUCAAAAAAUCUGAACCGUCCCUUUAAGUUCCCCAGUUUCGGCCCUACAUUCACCAACAUCAUGAAAACUCCUCGACACCAGAGAGUCUUAAUCAAACUGACUGUAAUGCUGACACAGACUUUCUAUACAUCAGCCUGAAUCAUAAAUAAAAGGAUAGAAAUUUACUUCCACUCUGGAAUUGUCCUUUAACGACCCUGACGGUGCUUUCAGGAACCUCAAACAUUCAGACGUUCCUCUUGAAACUCUAUUUCUAACAAGAAGACAAAGUGAGCAGGUGUUUUAUCUCCCAAAGACAAAAUACUCUCUUCUUUAGAAUGAAAAAUCACUUUUUAUCAACCUUUUCAGAAGGUCAGCGUCUGCUCAUGUUCAGCCAACGGACAAAAUAUAAAUCAACACCAAAAUACGAGGGACACUGUUUUGAUUUUACUGCAACAAAAAGACUCAGAAGAGUCUGAGUGCACAGAUCCUGCUCUGAUCACUGUCACAUGAUACUGUAACACUACUGUCACUACUGUCUGCAGCUUGUAGCACUUUUCACUGUAGCAGCUCCACUACUGUCUGCUGCAGGAUUUUUACACUGAAUCAUUAACAUUGCUCUGCUUGUGCCUCUUUAAAAGACGAUGUGAUGAAACAUUUGAUGUUAUAAAAAAUUAGAUUCCAAAGAUUUUCACUGGAUGAUUUGUUUGCAGACGUCAACCUGGUCUAAGUUUGGAUUUGAGGUGUUGUUUGGUCCAAAAAUUGAUAAUUCUUUUUUUCCCUUUUACUUAAGAAUAACCGAAUUUUUACAAAUAAAAAACGCCACAGUUUACUUUAUCAAAAGAUAUUUAAUUUAUAAUCAUAUAAACAUAAAAAAGAAGAAUUAAACAAUCAUUUAAAGUGCUGAUAAUUGUCCUAUUGAUCACCUAAUUCAUUAAAAUGACGUGUUUUGUCUUUGACAUUAAAUGCCUCGUUCAGUUUUCCAGGUUCCAACAAACUUAAACAAGCUGUCUCGCCGUAUUUUAAUUUUAUUUCGCUGGUGUUCACAUGUGGGUAUCUGUGAUAUAAAACCAUUCCAGUUCUGAUCAAACUGUCUGUCGGCUGUCAGAGGAAUACAGGCUGCACAGUGUAACACUGAAAAGGAAUUCAACACUACUGCUACUAACAAACUGUGCGUCAUAUCUGUUCCAGAAAAGCAAUAAGAAGCUGAAAAUCUUUAUUUAAUCUCUGCCUGCCGUUGUUUCAGUUACUUGUAUCAGUCAAGGACGCUGAUGUGAUCACAAAUUUAAAGUCUCAAGGUCAUAACCUUGAUAGGGAUUUUCACACUGCCUGUUCUUAGCCCCUUUUUCACACACACAGUUAACUCAGUGUUAACCUGAGCCCAGGGCUACAUGAUUCACACUGCACUUCUACUAGCCCUGGGAAACACGUCAGCUGUAACUCGUGUCUAAUGUUUACAUUCUAGAAUGACGCGUGAUUGUUCUUUAACAGCGAGCAGCGUUGUUAAAAUGUGACCGUUAGCAGGGAUUUUUGUGAGCGAGGUGCUAAAAGAACAAAAUGAGAGAACAGCAGAGACAGGAAAAACUGAGAAGAACACAGAUGGUGGAAAAAUGUUGGCAUUGUAGGUUCCUGCAAACCAUGAAAACAUGACAUUUGCAUAUUAUUAUGUAGCAGAUACAUUCAAAGUUUUUGAACAAUGCUGUGGUUAACAUGUGGUUAGGUUUAGACACAAACACCACUUGGUUAUGGUCAGGAAAAGAUUGUGAUUUGGAUUUAAAUACCCAAGUUUAUGGGCACAAUCCCACCUGGAGGUGCAGCGAUGUCUCAGUAAAAACAACUGCUUUUAAUGACACUAUUCCGGUUGGAAAAAUAGCAACAGGUGACAAAAAUACACCCAUGUUUGGUGAGCUAGAAACACAGCAAUGACUCGCUAAAAAACAACCUGUCUUCAACGCACUAUUCUGGCAGAAAACACAACAAUGGCUCAGUAAAAACAACUGCUUUUCAUGGCACCAUACCUGGUGGAAAACAGCAACGGGUUGCUAAAAUACAUCCACAUUUGGUGGCUAUAACUCAGCUAGAAAUACAGUGAUGACCCACUUAAAAACAACCGGUUUUCAUUACACUAGUCAGACAAAAAAACAACAAUGGGUCAGUAAAAACAACCCCUUUUCAUGGCACUAUCCCCGAUGGAAAAACAGAGAUGAGUCACUAAAAUACACCCACAUUUGGUGGCUAUAAUGCAGCUAGAAAUACAGCAAUGAUUCGCUAAAAAAUAACCAGUUUUCAUCGCACUAUUCUGGCAGAAAAUGCAACAAUGGCUCAGUAAAAGCAACCACGUUUCGUGGCGCUAUACCUGGUGGCAUUUUGCAAUCAAGUGAUGUUACUGCCUGAACCCUUAUGUACAGCUGCAUUCACUUGUCUUGUAAGCCUGAAGAAGGUCACAAUGACCGAAAGCUUGCAUUAAACUGACAUAUACACAGUGUUUGAGUGUGCGGCUGCUGUUUUAUGGCACUAUCCCUGGUGGAAAAACAGCAAUGGGUCACUAAAAUACACCCACAUUUGGUGGCUAUAACGCAGCUAGAAACACAGCUGUGGCUCGCUAAAAAAUAAUCAGUUUUCAUCACAAUAUUUUAGCAGAAAACGCAGUGAUGACUUUUCAUGGUACUAUCCUAGGUGGAAAAACAGCAGCAGGUCACUUAAAUAUACACUAUAAUAUUAGUAUAAAAUAAUCUUUUAAAAAAAGAAGAAAUGUUAAUAUGAUUCAUAUGAUAAUUGCAAAUGUAACAUAUUUGUGGUUUGCAGAAAUGUAGAAUGCCAACAUUUUCUCCUGGCGACUGGGCGGACAUGUUCCAUUUCUCUUCAACUGACAUCUCCGAUCACAGACUCAGGAACAGCGCCGUUUCUGCCUGCAACCAUUUCGAUCUUUUUAAGUCACAUGUUGUUUUAAGUUAGCCAGUUUGCGAGUUUCGUAGUAGUUUCCAUUGUUACGUCAGUGUUUAGUAUGCACAUACUGAUGACAGAAGAAGUAAUGUGAUUGGACAACAAAAACAAGAUGCAAACUGCCUCACAUCUGUUUCACACUGAUUAUCCCACUUUGGAAUGUGCCAGUGUGACUUAGCUCACUCAGCCUGAGGCUAAAGGCAGUGUGGAAAUGAUUAACCCUGAUGACAUCACUAUGACAUCAUCAGGGUUACUCUCUCAAAUGUCUCCAGAGCCACAGCAGAUAUUAGACAAGUGUUUUUACAGCAGUACCGCCCAUUUAACCCAUAAACUGACCUUCAUGUGUGCUCCUUUAAUCUUAUUUGAACGGUCCAACUUCAUGACGUCACUUUGUGGUCAUGGAAAAUUAAAAUAACUCAGAAAAUACCAACGUUAACAUAAAAAGUUACAAAUAAAAAAAAUUAAAUUUUGGUCACAAUCAUAAAAUAAUGCUUUCACAAUAAUCAUAUUGUGAGAUUAAGUUGCUGUAAAAUAAUUUGCUCUGCAUUUUUACCUUCAUUUAAGAGUGCACUGUCCCCUCUGGGCUCCCGUAGUUUUCCACAGAACACAUUCUCCCACUUUGGAUCAACUCUUCAGUCUGCCAGUGAUGAAUCAGGUUUAUAUUCGAGUCACAUCAGUUCUUCCAUGUAGCAGGUGCCAUUUGGCUUCCCUACAGUUCAGUUCUUCUGGGGAUUCCAAAUGGCGUAAAUCUAUAUUUAUUGUUUAACUAACAGCAGCAGCAGUGAGAGGGUUUUCACACAGCUGACCAGUUUUAUCCGUUUCAUCCACACCACCAUUUUACUGUUUGAGUUUUUAGAGCACCUUUUAAAUAAAUAUUCUGUUUGUCAUAUUCUCUGAGCGUCACACACACACUCACACACACACACACACUCACACAGUCUGUCCUCGUCAAUAACCCAGAUUUUAUCGUUCAUUAUUGUUUGUUCUUGUUGUUUCCAGAGGCACAGCAGCAGAAUAUCUCAGACAUUUUAUCGUUGAAUGAAAUUCAAUGUUCGCUUUUUGAAAGAAGGACAAUUAAAUAACAGCUCCUGGUUUUUACAAAAUAAAUGUAUUUUGUAAAUGACUCUGUGUCGUCUGCAAGCUGUCUCUCACACACACACACACUUAAAUGAAAAGGUCUUCUGUGGUCUUUGCUCGGCCUGCUGCCCCCACGACUUGGCCUCAGAUAAGCGGAUGAAAAUGGAUGGUUGGACAGCCCAUGUGGUGGUGGUGCCUAUGGGCAGUAUAUGCCCUGUAUGGGAUUGUCCACAGGUUCCACACUGGCCCCAGUUGAUCACAUGGGUGGAUUUACCCACACUGGCUCUAAACAUUUGUUAACAAAUAGUAAUAAUCAAUACUUUUAACUAAUUGUGGUCAAAGGGAGUUUAAUAACAGUGGAGAAGGAAUGGUGCAGUAAAACUGAAAAUAAUUCCUUUCUUUUCAUUGACAAAAAAUGUUUGUAUAAAUAGAAGAUAAUAAAGAUAAACUAGCCUGAUAGUUUGAUUACAUGUAGUUCACUGCUUCACAAUUAACCAGUUAAAUAUUUAUGAAUGCUUCAGAAACACAAAGGACAACAAGCUGAAUAAAAUAAAUAUUUAUAUGUAUUUAUUAAAUUCAUAUUGAUCCCACAAAUGCAAUUACUGGACAGUUAUGAUGCUGUGUAUUUAGCUCCUGUUCCAGUCACAGUGUAACAAGAGCAAUAAAAAAUUCAAUGUGUUAUAUUCUUGUGUAUUCUGUGUUUUCUUUAUUUAAUUAUAAGAAUGUACAAACAAUCAGUCGAAACCAUCCAAUACCGAGGGAUAUUAGUUACAACAGCAAUAGAUAA